AUGCAGGUCAAAGGCGUAAUCGUUGCUCUUCUGGGCAUCUCUGCCAUCACAGAAGCUGCUGUUGUCCAAAAAAGACACCCCCUGGCUCGCGCUCUCCAACGACGACAAUUCGGCGGUGGUCGAUUUGGAGGUGGUGGCGGCGGCGGUGGCGGUAACAAUGGCGGAAACAACGGCGGCCAGGGCAAUAAUGGCGGCAACAAUGGCGGUAACAACGGAGGCAACAACAAUGGAGGCAACAACGGCGGUAAUAACGGAGGCGGCGGCGGUGGCGGCAACACUCUGGACGCCAACGCCGUGCAAACUGGUUCGCAGCAAGAUGGCAACAAUCCCGGAUCGGACGAGCAAGCUGCCUCUGCAACGGAUGACAACAACUUCAUCAACUUCUGUGCUGGUCAAACACUUACCAAUGGAGAGCAGAACCGAGACGGCUCAUGUAACGGUAUUCCUAUGGGAAAGAUUCCAGGAGCCAACAACAUGGUUUCCUCCGUUUUCACAUCACCUCAAAACGGUGACAAUGUUGAAGCCAACCAAGACUUUGAUAUCUCAGUGCAGUUUAUCAACUUUGCACCUGGCUCGUUCACUAAUGCAACAACCACCUACUAUUCCGCUCCUCAGGACCUCGACGGUGGUGGUAACAUCAUCGGUCAUACCCACGUCACUGUUCAGGACACGGGUGAUAGUUUGAACCCUACUCAGCCUUUGGACCCUCAGCAGUUUGCCUUCUUCAAGGGCAUCAACGAUGCUGGUAACGGCCAAGGUCUCCUCACUGCCAAGGUUGACGGUGGUCUGCCUGCCGGUAACUACCGUAUCUGCAGUAUGUCUGCCGCAUCCAACCAUCAGCCUGUCCUCAUGCCUGUUGCUCAGAGAGGAGCACAGGAUGACUGCAUCCGUAUCACCGUCGGAGGUGGCAACGGAGGCGGCAACAAUGGAGGUAACAACGGUGGCAACAAUGGUGGCAACAACGGAGGUCAGGGCGGCCAGGGCGGUAACAACGGAGGUCAGGGCGGCGGCCAAGGUGGUGACCAGAACGCCGGCAACCAAGGUGGCCAAGGUGGCGACCAAAACGGAGGUCAGGGAGGUGACCAGAACGGAGGUCAGGGAGGUGAUCAAAACGGAGGCCAAGGCGGUGACCAGAACGGAGGAGACCAAGCUGCUGAUGCCGGUGGUGACCAGAAUGCUGGUGGCCAAGGUGGUGAUCAGAACGGAGGUCAGGGAGGUGAUCAAAACGGAGGCCAAGGCGGUGACCAGAACGGAGGAGACCAAGCUGCUGAUGCCGGUGGUGACCAGAAUGCUGGUGGCCAAGGUGGUGAUCAGAAUGGAGGUCAGGGAGGUGAUCAAAACGGAGGCCAAGGCGGUGACCAGAACGGAGGAGACCAAGCUGCUGAUGCUGGUGGCCAAGGCGGUGACCAAAACGGAGGUCAAGGAGGUGAUCAAGGCGGCCAAGGUGGUGACCAGAAUGGCGGUGGUCAGGGUGGCCAAGGUGGUCAGGGCGGCCAAGGCGGUAACGGCGGUAACGGAGGUGGUUUCGGUCGCGGCGGCUUCGGUGGUUUCCAAGCCGCUUCAGCAGGGAAUGAGUCUGGCAACAAGACGGCCUCAGCAGCAUGA